CUGAUAAGAAAAUUUGUUUUCAUACAUUCAUCUAAAUGGACAAAUAUUUGUUCAACCUAAGGUUUGCAUCAAAAGAACUUUUAAGAAGUGCCAAGAAAUGUGAGAAGGAUGAAGUUGAGCAAAAAAAUAAAUUGAAAAAGGCCAUUCAAAAUAAUAAUAUGGAAGGGGCAAAAAUAUAUGCUGAAACAGCCAUUAGGAAAAAAAAUGAAGCUUUGAAUUAUAUGAGAAUGAGUGCUCGAAUAGAUGCUGUAAGCACUAGAGUACAAACUGCUACUGCAAUGAAGAAAGUGACUAAUUCAAUGUCUGGAGUAGUUAGAGCUAUGGAUUCCGCUAUGCAAUCAAUGAACCUUGAAAAAGUCUCUGCAUUGAUGGAUAAAUUUGAGAAAGAAUUUGAAGAUCUUGAUGUUCAAUCAAAAUGUAUGGAUUCUGCCAUGACCUCAACAACCACUAUAACAGCACCACAAGAACAAAUUGAUAAUUUGAUGAUUAAAGUAGCUGACGAAGCUGGAAUCGAACUAAAAAUGGAACUACCCGGACAAUUAAGCACUAGUAUAGGAACUGCAACCGCAACGGCUGCCUCAUCCGUAGAACAAGACGAAUUAUCUCAAAGAUUGGCAAAAUUAAGACAAAGUUGAAAGGGUGAUAUGGAUCAUUUUUUUAAUAACCAAAACAUACCAUAUUUUAUAAAGGCACAAAUAUUCGAAUGAUAAUAUAGUAAAGAGUUUUGAUAAAAUAUUUAUUUUCAAAAUAAUGUCUAAAUUAUUCUCAAUUUUAUAUAAUUAAUUUUAAUGCUAAUUUUCCUAUGUUCAAAAUCUACUUGAAAAAAUGUUAAAGCACUAUGUAUUAUGCUAGAAAAUAAUAUGUUUUUUAAACUCCUUUAUGAAUAUUGAUCGUAUAAAUUGGAGACGCAUAUAA